CAACACCAAAACCCAGCGUCAUUACUGUUUCGCGUCGCAUCUCCCAUUCAAGCGGCCAAGCGCGCUAACUUUGAUACUGAUUUCAGCGCUUCGUAUUACAGUCUUGCCUACUGGGAAUUUGCCUGUACCAUCAUCAUCAUGGCGUCCCAGAUAAAUCUCUUCUCGCCAGCCGAACUUGCCUAUCUUCACCAGUCACUCUCGUUACAUCCUCCAAUCCGCCCCGAUGGGCGCACACCGACACAAUUCCGUCCCUUGACAGCAGAGACAGGCGUUCUGCCUGGUACAAAUGGCAGCGCGCGCGUACAUUUCUCUGAUGGCACUGAGGCCAUUGUAGGAGUCAAGGCUGAGAUUGAGAAGACUGGAGGAAGCGAGGAGCAGCGGGACGAAGAAGAUCGAACAAGGGGUGACUGGCUCGAAUUGGCAGUUGAGAUCCCAGGACAGAGAGAUGAUGAAGCCUCGACAAUAUUCCUGGCAGAAAUGUUGAGAGAGGCGCUAUUGGCAGAUAAUGAGUUUGCCAAGAAAUUGAGAAUCAACAGACGGUUUCACUGGCGACUAUAUCUCGACGUUCUACUAAUAUCUCCUCCGCUAUCAUACCCUCUCCCACUACUCUCACUUACAACACAUCUCGCACUUCUGGCCACCCGUUUGCCCCGUCUCAAGUCUGAAGGCGACGAGGAUCCUAUGUUUGACGACGAUUGGGAGGCGUCGACAUUCUUGUACCCUCGCGAUGGUGCUGAUGCAGCAGGUUCACGACCAUCUAUCACACUUCUCGUGGUUGCGAUUGGCGACAACAUCAUCUUCGACCCUGCAAAGGAGGAAUUGGCCGUCGCGGAGACAGCGCUGGCCGUAUCUGUGGCGGAGGUCCGUCGAGUUGCAACUGAGGGCGACAUGGAGGUUGACAAGAAGAGCCGCGAGCUCAAGUUGUUGUCUAUCCGAACCAUUGACCCGCCAUCAAGGCUCACACCGCCCGGAGUGCCACAUACGACGAAUGGAACUGCACAAAAGGGAGAGGCUCAGACAGCUGAGGGAGUGUGGAAGGCACCAUUGGGUGGAACGAAGUUUGGAGUAAUGGACAGUAUAAUACAGGCUGUACUGGAGAAGGGCGGAGUUGCGGAUGAGGUUUUGGAGGGCCUGGAGGGUGUCGAGCUCACAUGAGACUACGUAUGAGUUGAAUACGGGUGUGAUAGAAAACUACAAAGCCUCAUGAGGCUGGAUUUCAUGUAAUCGUACAACGUA